CAUGUGAAGACGCAGCGUUUUCAGUUAUCUUUGGCUUCAGUGAAAUUUCAAUUUUGGCGAUCCCGUUUUUCUCUCUCCCAAAUUCAUGCUUUCUCUGAUUUUCCCACUCCCCAGCAGAGCAAGAAAAUGGAUCCCAAUUCAGUUAAAUCCACUUUGUCGAAUUUAGCAUUUGGGAAUGUAAUGGCAGCAGCUGCUCGUGAUUACAAAAAGAUCUCAUCUUUUUUCACUUUUUCUCCUCUUUACUAAAUUAUUUAGACAAGGCUGUGUUUUCUCUGUCCAAAACUGUAACUGGGUUUAUGACAAACUAUGUCUAUCACAUGCAAUCUUGGGCAGGAAUACUGCAGAAGACAUGUUCUAGUUUCCUUUUGCUGACAGCUACUGUAAUAAAUGGAUGGAACUGAAUUUAUGGUUGAUGAUGUUCAUGAGUUCUUUUAUGUUUAGUUGUUUCACAGUUUUUUUCUUUUUAUUGGUCAGAGUUGUUUUACAGUUUUGCAUUUCUGUUUUGGGUUGAAGAAAUGGGUUUGUGACUUUGUGGUGUUAUUUAGAUACUGUAGAUAAUGAUUGGGUAAGAAUUUUGAAAAUGUUAUGGACCGGAUCGAGUAAUAUGUUUAAGAUUGUAGUGUGUAAUUGUUUGAGUUGGUUAUCAACUAGGCACUGAGUUGUAGUGUGUAAUGUAUUCUGAUAAUGAUCUUACAGGAACUUCUUGCCCAAGAGAAGACACAGGCAUCAAGUUCAAAAAAUGAUGAGGUUGAUCUUGACGAGCUUAUGGAUGAUCCUGAGCUGGAAAAAUUGCAUGCUGAUAGAAUUGCAGCUCUAAAGAAAGAAGCUGAGAAGCGAGAAGCCUUAAAAAGGCAAGGACACGGAGAGUGUAGGGAGAUAAGUGAAGGAGAUUUCUUGGGUGAGGUCACUGGGAGUGAGAAGGUGGUUUGUGACUUCUACCAUAAGGAGUUCUACAGAUGCAAGUAAAACUUCUCUCUCUUCCACAUGCAUACACACCCCACUACAAACCAUGUGCAUCUACGUGCAUCACUGCGUCUUAGUCCCUAUGUUGCAAGACUUGGUAUUGUUGAUGGGUAAUCUAGAAAAAUGGAUAAGCAUUUGAAAGCCCUUGCACCAAAGCAUCUGGAUAUGAAGUUCAUCAAGCUGGAUGCUGAGAAAGGGAAUUGCAUUUGACAGAGUAGUUGGCUUCCAAAGAUCUUGGAGGAAAAGAUGAUUUCACCACUGAGACAUUAGAGGUGCUACUGCUAAAGAAUGGUGUAAUUAGUGAGAAGAAAGAUGAUGAAGAUGACGAAGAGGAUGAUUAUCAUGAGAACACACGCAGGACAGAUCUUGUCUGAAUCAUGACUCGGACUCUGACUGAGCAGGGAAACAACAGCAGUUUUCUAACAAAAUUGUCAGUGGUUC